AUGCGCGGGACCUUGCUCACUCUCCUGCAAGUCAUCGCACUCGCCGGCGUCGCGUUCGGCGGACCGUUUCCUGCACCGCGCCAGGACCCGGUCCGUGCUCGUCCUCCGAGCUACCUGGGAGACGAUGACCCGCUGCUGAACCCGUCUUAUCGCCGUGGCUUUAGGCGCCGGGCGACCGGGUUCAGUAUACGAUUGAGUAAAUCGGUCUUUCGCAAGAGGCAUUUCAGGUCGGGAUCGGAGAGCUCGCGGAGUUCUCCCCCGUUCGCAUUCGACUCGCCCGCGUUGUGA